GUGCUCUGUUCGAUCACUGUCCUUUCCCUGCGGAAGCAGUGUAAAAAUAGCGAGUGCCGAAACGCCGGUGGGUUCGCGCAGACCUCUUAGGCGCUGCAAGCGCAGUGCUGUGUCUCCCGGUAGGUGUGUGAGCACAUCCUCAGCCUCUGCGGCUCUCGGCACAUGAUGGGAGCAGCCAGAAGCGGAGGUGCCAGCCGCUGCCGCCAAGCGUGCGGGGCAGGGGAAGCCGAUCCGGCUGGAUCUUCUUGUCACCUCCAGAUCCCUUACUCAGCCCGGUGCGGUAAACGAUCAGCUUCUCUUUGGGGAAGCGUGUGCAACUUUAAAGAAGGGUUUUCCUUUCCCUGCUUUUCCUGUCUGGGAGCAGAGCUGGUUCUUGGAUAACCGUGAAGGGUUCGUGGCAAGAUAACGUAUGACUCAGCCAAGUGCGAGGGCCCUUGGUUGCCCUGAAAUAGCACUUGGCAACCCCCGGAGAGAAAGGGCAGAAGAAAUACUUUGAGCAUAUUUGUGCUAUUGGCUUUCAGCUCUAAGGCGUUUCUGUGUGAUCUGUCACUUGGGUUUUUCUGUUGUUCUCGGUGUGCUGCUGUGUAGAUAACAUCCUUGUUCUGCUCUUUGUUAGAUGUUACUGGAACUAGGCUGAGCAGAAUGAGGCAUAUGGUAAUGGUGGGCAUGUCCCUUAUGUACCCAAAGAGCCAGGAUCUCAUGGCGGAGUAAGAAGGAUCUUUCGGUUACACUGAUCCUUGAAUCGGGGGACACAAAUGCCAAGCUAUUUAUUCCAUUGACAACUGGGAUAAAUUGUGAUCGUGACCGUGAAAGACCUCACUGCUGCUGUCAUCCAAGAGACUCUAUUGUCAGUUUUACAAUGCUAACAUGAUUCCCCUUGGUGAAACCGAUCAACUUGAACGUGUGUUCUUGCGUCUUGGCCAUGCAGAAACAGAUGAACAGUUACAGAACAUUAUUUCCAAAUUCCUACCCCCUGUUCUCCUCAAGCUGUCCAGCACACAGGAAGGCGUUCGUAAAAAGGUCAUGGAGCUGCUGGUUCAUCUGAAUAAGCGCAUCAAAAGUCGUCCAAAAAUUCAGCUUCCAGUAGAAACAUUGCUAGUUCAAUAUCAAGAUCCUUCUGCAGUGUCUUUUGUCACUAAUUUUACCAUAAUUUAUGUUAAGAUGGGAUACCCCCGUCUGCCUGUGGAAAAACAAUGUGAAUUGGCUCCAACUCUUCUCACUGCAAUGGAAGGGAAACCUCAACCACAGCAAGACAGCCUAAUGCAUCUUCUAAUACCAACCCUUUUUCACAUGAAAUACCCUGCUGAACCACUGAAAGCAGCAGCUUCUCCAUUUAAUCUUGCUGAAAAACCAAAGACUGUACAGCUGCUUUUGGACUUUAUGUUGGAUGUUCUUCUUAUGCCUUAUGGGUUUGUAUUGAAUGAAUCUCAGAGUCGACAAAACAUGCCCUCGGCCCAGGGCUCUUCAUCGAGUAGUGUGGGAGGUCCUGGAAUCCCUCAGCCACCUCCAGGGAUGAGCUUCUAUGCAGCCAAAAGGGUAAUUGGAGAUAGCCCAUGGACACCAGAGCUGCUAGAACAGUGUAAGCUGGGGAUAGUGAAGUUCAUUGAAGCUGAGCAAGUGCCAGAACUUGAAGCUGUUAUACACCUGGUUGUAGCCUCCAGUGAUACAAGACACAGUGUUGCCACUGCAGCAGACCUUGAACUAAAGAGCAAACAAAGUUUAAUUGACUGGAACAAUCCUGCUAUCAUCAACAAAAUGUAUAAAGUGUAUCUUGGGGAUAUACCACUGAAAACCAAGGAGGGAUCUGUUCUGAAACCAGAAAUGAAACGAGAAUCAGUCAGCACCCGUGUUAAGUUAAAGAUAGUUCCUCAUCUUCUGCGAUCCAGGCAAGCUGCAGAAACGUUCCCAGCUAACAUUCAGGUGGUUUAUGAUGGACUCUUUGGUGCGAACACAAAUGCAAAGCUGAGAAGUCUGUCCUUGCAGUUUGUGCAUCAUAUUUGUAUCAUUUGUCCAGAAAGUAAAAUAAAGCCAUUAGGCCCAAUGCUUUUAAAUGGACUUACAAAGCUGAUCAAUGAAUACAAAGAGGAUUCAAAACUGCUGUCAAUGGCAUAUUCAGCUGUUGGAAAACUCUCCAGCCGAAUGCCUCAGCUUUUUACCAAGGAUAUAGCACUGGUACAGCAGUUUUUUGAAGCUUUAUGCAAGGAAGAUGCUGAUACGAGGCUUGCCAUUCAGGAGGCCUUGUCUAUGAUGGUUGGAGCAUACAGUAACUUGGAAGGAGCCCAGCGUACCCUGAUGGAAGCUCUUGUAGCUUCUUAUUUAAUAAAGCCUGAAGUUCAAGUACGUCAAGUGGCUGUGAAAUUUGCUAGCACAGUAUUCCCUCCAGAUCAUAUCCCUUCCAGAUACUUACUCCUGUUAGCUGCAGGAGACCCGCGGGAGGAGGUACAUGGAGAAGCCCAGCGGGUGCUGAGAACGUUUCCUGGUAAAAAUGAAAAGGAGAGUUCUGGGAAGCAGAUGCCUUCCUUCCCUGAAAUGGUCCAUUACAUUCAAGACAAGGCCUCUCACCGAAUGAAAACUCCGGCUAAAUAUAUGACUGGAACUGCAGCGUUGCCUUUCAAUCCUGCCACAUUUGGAGAGAUAGUUCUGUAUCUGCGGAUGUGUCUUGCUCACAGUGCCGGUGUGGUGCCAACCUCACAGAGCUUGGCAGAUAUGCAAGAUCAUGCUCCAGCCAUUGGACGUUACAUAAGAAACCUCAUGUCUGGCAACCACAUAUCUUUCUCUUCCUCCUCCUCUUCAAAAAGUGCAGAAACCAACCCUGUACAUGUAUAUAUUGGCCUUCUUCAGCAGCUGUUAGCUGGUGUUGGAGGUUUGCCAGUCAUGUAUUGUCUUUUAGAAGUUGUGUCAGUGUAUCCAGAAAAACUAGCCACCAGAUUUGUAGACAAAAUGGAUUGGAUAAAGAGCCUGAUGAACACAAACAAAGAAGAAAUGCGUGAGCUCGCAGCCCUGUUUUAUUCUGUAGUGCUGUCUACCAUGUCUGGAGAUGAGCUUAGGGCAUCCUUGGAGCAGCUGAUCAAGAUGACAAAAGACAACCAUAGCCCGGAGGUCCAACAUGGAUCCUUGCUGGCUUUGGGAUUUACAGUAGGAAGGUACUUGGCCAAAGGGAAAAUCAGAACAAUGGAGCUACAUGACAUAAAACAGCCAAACACUGCAGUCAUGCCGGAACAAGAACAGCUCAUAAAGUCGACAACAGAGACAAUAGGUUCUUUUCUGGACAGCACCUCUCCCUUCCUCGUGGUGGCUGCUUGUACAGCUCUUGGGGAGAUUGGCAGGAAUGGCCCCUUGCCAAUCCCCAGCGAAGGAACAGGAUUUACAAAGCUGCAACUUGUUGAAAGCUUAUUGGCCCGAAUCCCUUCCAGCAAGGAAACAAAUAAGAUGAAGGAACGAGCAAUACAAACAUUAGGUUACUUCCCAGUGGGAGAUGAAGAUUUUCCCCACCAGAAGCUACUGUUGCAGGGUUUAAUGGAUUCUGUGGAGGCCAAACAAAUAGAACUGCAGUUCACCGUUGGUGAAGCUAUUACCAGUGCUGCUGUAGGAACCAGCUCCGUGGCUGCACGUGAUGCGUGGACAGUCACAGAGGAGGAAUAUACCCCUCCUUCAGAUUUGAAAGUGAAUGACGUGGUUCCCUGGGUCCUAGACCUUAUUUUGAGCAAGCACAUUAUCAGCCCGAACCCACAUGUAAGGCAGGCAGCUUGCAUCUGGCUUCUAUCAAUGGUGAAGAAGCUGAGUACACACAAAGCAAUUAAGUCUCAUCUCAAGGAUAUUCAAAGUGCAUUUGUUUCAAUUCUGUCAGAUAGUGAUGAGCUUAGUCAAGACGUUGCUUCAAAAGGUCUUGGGCUGAUAUACGAACUAGGAAGUGAACAGGAUCAACAAGAGCUAGUCACCACACUUGUUGAUACCCUUAUGACUGGGAAAAGAGCCAAACAUGAGAUGACUGGAGAAACUGUGGUGUUUCAGGGUGGCCUGAGCAAAACCCCAGAUGGUCAAGGCCUGUCUACCUACAAGGAGCUUUGUUCACUGGCAAGUGAUCUCAAUCAACCAGACCUGGUGUACAAAUUCAUGAAUCUGGCCAACCAUCAUGCCAUGUGGAAUUCUCGGAAGGGAGCAGCUUUUGGUUUCAAUGUGAUAGCUGCCAAGGCUGGAGAGCAGCUGGCUCCAUUUUUGCCCCAGCUUCUUCCCCGGCUCUACCGUUACCAGUUUGACCCCAACCUGGGCAUUCGACAGGCAAUGACCAGCAUUUGGAAUGCCUUGGUCACUGACAAGUCAAUGGUUGAUAAGUACAUGAAGGAAAUUCUUGAGGAUUUGAUCAGUAACCUAACCAGCAGUCUGUGGAGGAUCAGGGAAUCCAGCUGUCUGGCACUGAAUGACUUACUAAGAGGAAGACCUUUGGACGACAUUAUAGACAAGCUUCCAGAGAUCUGGGAAAUCCUAUUCAGAGUGCAAGAUGACAUUAAGGAGACUGUGCGAAAGGCAGCAGAGCUAGCCCUAAAAACUUUAAGCAAGGUCUGUGUGAAGAUGUGUGAUCCCUCUAAAGGAGCAGCUGGUCAGAAGAUGAUAGCUGUAUUACUCCCUUGCCUCCUAGACAAAGGAAUAGUAAGCACAGUUGCUGAAGUCCGAUCUCUCAGCAUUAACACUCUUGUGAAGAUCAGUAAAAGCGCUGGGUCUAUGCUGAAACCUCACGCACCAAGACUUAUCCCAGCCCUGCUGGAAUCCUUAAGUGUGCUGGAGCCUCAAGUCCUCAACUAUUUGAGUCUUUCUGCAACAGAUCAGGAGAAAACUGCAAUGGAUAGUGCCAGACUUAGUGCUGUCAAGUCAUCUCCCAUGAUGGAAACCAUUAACAUGAGCUUGCAGUAUUUGGAUGUGUCCGUCCUGGGUGAGCUGGUUCCCCGGCUGUGUGAACUGAUCAAAAGUGGAGUAGGCCUUGGUACAAAGGGAGGCUGUGCGAGUGUAAUUGUGUCGUUAACCACACAGUGUCCUCAGGACUUAACACCUUAUUCAGGCAAACUUAUGAGUGCUUUACUUAGCGGCCUGACUGAUCGCAACAGCGUGGUACAGAAGUCUUUUGCCUUUGCUAUGGGGCAUCUAGUCCGGACUUCCAGGGACAGUAGCACUGAGAAGCUGUUGCACAAACUCAGCAGUUGGUACAUGGAGAAGGAAGAGCCAGUUUACAGAACAGGCUGUGCUUUAACUGUGCAUGCUGUGGGACGCUACAGUCCAGAUGUAGUGAAGAACCAUGCCAAACAUGUGCUGCCAUUGGCUUUUCUUGGCAUGCAUGAGGUUCCUGAUGAAGAGAAAGGAGAGAAAGAGAAUUCUACUCUGUGGACUGAAGUUUGGCAGGAAAAUGUACCUGGUACUCAGGGUGGCAUCAGACUGUAUAUGCAGGAGUUGAUAACCAUUACCCAGAAGGCUCUGCAGUCCCAGUCCUGGAAGAUGAAAGCCCAGGGAGCAGCUGCCAUGGCAUCAAUUGCCAAACAGACGGGCUCCCUUGUACCGCCGCAUCUGGGAAUAGUGCUCUCCGCACUGCUGCAAGGCCUGCCAGGGAGAACCUGGACUGGGAAGGAGGAGCUGUUAAAGGCCAUUGCCAGUGUCGUCUCUGCUUGCAAUGCAGAGCUGCAGAAGUCAGUGCCUGGCCAGCCCACCAUCAAUGAUAUUGUCCAGGCUGUCCUGAAAGAAUGUCAGAAAGAGAACCUAAAGUAUAAGAUGGUGGCACUGCGCUGUGCGGCUGGGGUGCUCCAGGCAACAAAGGAAGACCGGUUCCAGGAGCUGGCAGAUAUCAUCUUUCCCAUGAUAAAGAAGAACUCUCUUGAGAGCAUGGGCACGGGUUUACCAAAGCAUGAUGAAGAGGAUGAGGACAUGAGGGAGAAGGAGGUGCAGAUGGAGUCCCUGAUCUGUGCCUUCGAGACCCUGGGCAAAGCCUGGCCAAGGAGCCCAGAGACACAGCGUUGCUAUCGCCAAGAGUUUUGCAAAUUAAUGUGUGACCGUCUGAAACUCAGCACAUGGAAAGUGCAGCUUGGAGUGCUACAAGCCAUGAAUGCCUACUUUCAAGGGCUAAUGCUGUUUGAUGAGGAGCACUCAGACCCUGUGGCUUUGACAGAAAUACUGUUGGAAACCUGUUCAUCUAUUACCCAUUCUUUAGAAAACAAAAGCUACACGUCCAUAAGAACAGAAGCUUUGUCUGUGAUACAACUGCUGCUCACAAAACUGCAAGAAGCUCAACAGUGGGAAAGCCUGACACCAGAAAGCAGAGAGCAUCUCAUUCGUUCGUUGUCUACAAUGGCGUCAGAUAGCAGACCUGAGCUACAAGAGAAGGCAUUUAUAUUGAAGAAAACACUUGAAAAUCUUGACUAAGUUGUAAAACACAAAGUGCCAUGUAAAACAAAAAGAAAAAAGUGCAGUGGUCUGAAAACCAAGUGGGAAAAUGAAGAUUACUCUGUAGCAUGCAUCAUUCCUGGCCAAAAUUUUAAAAAUGCCUUAAAUUCUUUUCCCCGUUAAUGUUAUUUUUACUCUUUUAAGCUGAUUUUUAAUUGUUUUAUCAGUAAAUACCUCUAACAGUCUGCCCUAGAAUGUUUAUAAGUGUGCAACAUUAAAAAUGUUGAGGGCAAGAUGCUUUUCUUUUUUAAAUCGGCAAAAGAAUGUUACUCAGAUCCCCUUUGUCCUUCAAUGGAAUUGUUGAAAAACCACCAGCACAGGAAGUGAAAAGCAUGUUUGAUUUUCACUUGUGUCAUGUGUGGAGAUCUGUUACCUGGUGUCUAAACAGUAAAUCUUUGGGACUCUGCAGUAGAUCUAGUGUUUGUUAUCUGUAAAGAACGAAAUGCUUCCCCUGAUGAAGCCUGUGUUAAACUCUGGUGGCUUCCCAGGGGCAGGGUUUCAUCUGACACCCACCUCUGCUUCUCCUGCUUGCUCCUCCCUUGCAGCCUGUUGUCUGUGAGUUACGAAAGGCAGAGUACUGUUAACUUUGCUCCUUCCUCCUUCUCUGACCUCAGCAUGGAUUGACCGAGACUAUGCCUUCCCCACCUAGCAACCUCGGUCUCCCAAACUUUAAAUGAGAACUUUUUUCCUCAAAGGAUGCACAAGAGAGCACUUUACUGAGCUGUGUGGGACAAAGUUGGGCCUAGUUGGUGCCCAGGUGGAACACUGCUCUUCUCAAAAUUGUUUUGCAUGGACACUCCUCAGCUGCAGGAAAAAAAAAAAAAAAUAGGAAAACAAUCUUUUCUAGGUAUGUUUUUGAAGAGUGUUCGAAGUUUGCAAUGACACGUUUUUUUAAUAGUGGUAAUGUUUUAUUCCCUUCCUGUUCGUAACCCUGUUCUUGCUUUGGAAACCUGUACUGAUUUAGACUUGUCAAUAUUUGUAAGAAACUAAAUCAUCUGUCAUUUCUCAGCAGCCCAAGUCAUGCUGGUUUCUAGCAAAUACUUUUUAAUUUGCACUUAAGAAGGAAGAUUAUAUCUGCAUUAAUGUGGAGUAAAAUUGCUAUAUGAUGAUGUGGCCAUGCUGCCUGUCUCCUUUUUUUUGCCCUCCUCAGAUAAGAGACAAACCUGACCACUAUAGCAACAGACUUUUAAUAGUGUAAAGUUAGCACUGCACCAUAAUCUGACCAGUAUGUGUACAGCUUUUUGGGGAUAAACGCUUUGCUGAUGGUGAAAUAAAAUCAUUAGUGUGGGCAAUAUCAUGUCCAUGGCUUUCAGCAUAGGAAGGCUUGUUUCUUUUCUUACAGUCUGCAGCUCCUUUCAGAUUUGACCUGUUAGGGAGAGGAUUGCUCAGAUAGCGUCACGUUUCCUCCAUGCCCAUUUAUUCAGAAUCAGGUAUGCAGUACCUACUUUUCCCUCAGGUGCCAUUUCCCAUUCAGUGUUUUCUGGUACUGUAACAAUCUUGUUGUCUGACUUGCUCUCCACGGGAACGGAGGAAUGUAAUUUGUGCACACCUGGUAAGAAAAUGUCAGCAAGAAAUGGGCAGAGCUGUCCCACUGUGGCUCUCGUGUAGCAGAAACCUCAGCGAGCACUAUUGCAUUGUACACUAGAACUGGUCAGUGGGAACUCCUUGGUGCUGGGAGCUGGUGCUAUAAUGUUUUGAUUUACACCUUGUUGCAGGGAGCUGCUCUUUGUUUACGUGUAGUUUGAACUAUUGAGCACAGUGUACAUUUUAAAAUUUUACUGGGCAAAUCACUUUGCAGUAUCUUUAAAAAUUCGCUUACCAUGACAUGUAGUGUCAUAAGUGUUCUUUUUUUUUUCUUGUAUUAGAUAAAUAUUACCAGUGAUGCUUUGCUGUAGCAGUUCAUUGUCUGACUUGGGUUUUUUUCGUAUUGGUGAGUGACAGUAACAGAAAAGCAAGAGCCUCCAUGUCUCUGGCAAUGUGAGUUUUCACUGUGGGCUGGAAUAUUCAGAGGCAAUGCCUAAUACGGUCAAAUGACCAUAAGUAGAAUAACUGUAAUCAUUGUCAAUAGCAACCUGAAUUUCUCUAUUGGGGAUUUACACUAGAGGGAAGAGCGUAUUCUAGGAACUCUACAAACAGCUGGAUUAACAGCUCUGGCCAAGAGUGUUAGGAAGGUGAGAGAUGGUAUGACACUUUCUGAAUCACAAAGCAAUAUGUCUUUCUCGUGAUUACAGAGCAGAUUCAGAGCUCCUCUCUAAAGCACGUGCCUAUACACAAAACCUACCUGUACAAAAGUUAAUUCAGUCAGAGGUUUGAUUUCUACCCCCCUCGCAUUUGUAAACUUGACAGGAUUAAAAAAAAAAAAAAAAUAGAUGUGGCCUUCCUAGAGUUUUUCCUCUAAAAGUGAUUGCACUAUGUAAAACACACUGUACUUUGCCCAGUGCGGGCAUUUCUUGUGCUGCUGCAAUGCUUUGUAUACCUGGAGUGCAGUGCGCAGGCUUAGCUCUAGCACUCACAUUCUGACCUACAAGCUGUUGCUUAAAUGGAUGUAUAUUGAGAAAAGUUUUCUAAUGUUGCAAGAUCUCCAUCAAAUUCACUGCAAUCUGUACUGUCAAAGUAUGUGACCGGUCUGACUGAAAGAAAACCCUCCUGCUUACCAAAAAGGUAAAAUUAAAUAAAAACUGCAUGACCUGUUCUUCGAA